CCUGGGUGUGCAAAGCGGAGUGGUACAGAAAUGUUCCUUAAACCUUCCAAACGGGUUAAUGUGUGGACAGCGAGACGGCUAAUUUUUGCUUUCAUUAUAUGCUGGUCAAGGUACUUUGCCCUGGCUAAUGAUCAAAAGCCGGAACAAGUGCAUUUGGCGAUUGGAGAGACAACAUCUCAACUGACGGUCACUUGGGUGACUCAGAAAUCCACUGCGGUGUCAGUGUUGGAGUAUGGUGUGAAAAAUGUAUCCGAUCAGCGUGCAUAUGGGACAGCAUCCAAGUUUGUUGACGGUGGUAAAGAAAAAAGAGCAUUCUACAUACACCGUGUUCGGCUGCGAAAUCUUGAACCCAAUGCUUUGUACCUUUAUAGGUGCGGAGACGGCGUUAUGUGGUCGGACAACUUCCAAUUCCGCGUUUUACCUGAUCAUCCCUUCUGGUCUCCGAGAUUGGCUGUCUUUGGUGACAUGGGAAUCACAGGCAACUUGGCUCUACCAGAACUGAUUCAUGAAGUGCACGAUUUGGACAGUUUUGAUGCCAUUCUCCACGUUGGAGAUUUCGCCUAUAAUAUGGACACGGACAGUGGACGAUAUGGGGAUAUUUUCAUGCGUCAGAUUGAGCCUAUAGCCUCACGCGUUCCCUACAUGACAGCGGUUGGCAACCAUGAACUGGCUUACAAUUUUUCGCACUACAAGUCUCGAUUCAGCAUGCCAGGUGGGGAUGGUGAGUCACUCUUCUACAGCUUCGACAUUGGUCCGGCCCAUGUAAUUGCGUUCUCGAGCGAACUUUAUUAUUAUUUGUACUACGGAUGGAGACAAGUCGUUCGACAAUACGAGUGGAUCAAGAAAGACUUGGAGAAAAAUUCACCCAUGGAAGGAAAUAUUCAUUUGCGAGAUAAAGAGGCUAACAAACCUGAGAACCGAGAAGCACGUCCCUGGAUUAUCGCAAUGGCUCACCGUCCCAUGUACUGUAGCAAUGCUGUGGAUGCUAUACACUGUGAUACAGUGGACAAUAUUGUGCGAACUGGAUAUCCUUACUUAGAUAGCAAAGGAAAGAGCUAUCUCCUCGGGCUAGAGAAGCUGUUCUACAAAAACGGUGUGGACUUGAUCAUUGGUGCGCAUGAACACUCCUAUGAGCGCUUUUGGCCAGUGUACAAUCGAAAGGUGUGCAAUGGUUCGCAGAAUAACCCCUAUGUGAAUCCACACGCACCGGUUCACAUUGUUACCGGGUCUGCUGGCAGCUAUGAAGGAAAGGAUCCAUUUUCACCUAUUCCUCAUAAAUGGUCGGCUUUCAGGAGACAUGAUUAUGGAUUCACUCGCCUAGAUAUUUACAAUGGGACACACCUAAGGGUGCAGCAAAUUUCUGCAGAACUGGGGAGCGCAGGAAACAUACUGGAUUCCUUCACCAUUAUCAGCAACAAGCACGGUGAAAACCUUUUCACUUGUCACGAAGAGCAGCCUCACUCCUUCCAGCCUUGGAUCAAACUCCGUCCAGCGGUCCGCGUUCAAGAAAAAUGUUGAUUGAUCUACUUUCAUGUUAUGCAUCAGAUUUAUCAAAUCUUGCAAUUCGUUAGCAGAUAUGAGGCACUAAAUAGCUAAACAUCCCGUGAAAAUUUAGCGAAGUCAGUUUUUGUGUUUCAGCAGUAUCCCAAACAAUUUUAGUGUUUCCACUUCCUGAUUAGUAAAUGGCUGUAAAUGUCAGUACAAAUAUGAAUAGCCGGAGAUUCGGUCCCCUACACUAUCAACACAACUUACUUUUUCUAUUUGAUUAACACAAGUUCCAUUUUAUUCGCAUUUCAGGAAGUCAUAUCGCAUUAUACAUCCAUAAGUGUGCUGUUGGCUUACAUUUUCCAACUCAAUCAAAAGUCCCAAUCUUUGCUAAUGAAAAUGUUAAAAUCAUUCUGUUUUCCAAUUCCGAUAAUUGGUUCUCGACCGUAGGAAAAAUUUUGGUCGGCACAUUUUAUAUCUUGUCCAUUAAGUUCAGC